CCCUUUUAUAAACCCCCCAUUCGCUCCACUUCCCUACACCACCUUCAUCCUUCCGCUUUUCUUCUUCCCCAUUCUUAGUUGCUACCUUUCCCUGUUCUUCGGGUGCAUUCUCGUCCCUCGUGCUCCUUUUAGAUACCAACGAUAAUCUGCUUGGAAGGACGUCCUUUUUCUUUUGUAAUUUGUAAAACAAGAAAGAUUUGGUCUGUGCUAUUUAUGCACAUCAUUGGCAACUGCCAUCUGCUGUUCCACUCGUCCGAAGCCAUCUUCUUGCAUCAAGCGCCACCAUGUCAACGCCCCAGAGCGGCAGCGCGAGCCCAGCGACCACGGCGGCGGCGGCGGUGGAGACGAGCAAACACUGGGCGCCGCACGGGCCGAUGCUGACGGCCUGCCUCGUCAGCAUCAACGUGCUAAUGAUCCUCCUCAUCUUCUUCUACUUCUGGCGGUUCUUCUCCGGGAAGCGAGGGCCGUCUACCCCCGGAGGUGCUGAUGAGGAGUCGUCGUCGACCGACUCGUCUCCGGCGACCUCGCCGAGAGCGUCCAGGCGCCUGCGCGACCCCGACCAGCCGGACAUCCCGUCUUCCCUGCCCGUGUCCGUGUUCGACUCCAGCAGCGAGGCCGCCGGGAAGGCAGCGGCCGACUGCGCGGUGUGCAUCGUGGAGUUCCGCGACGGCGACCUGGCGCGCCUCCUCCCUCGCUGCGGGCACCGGUUCCACGCCGCCUGCGUGGACGCGUGGCUGCAUCUACACUCCACGUGCCCGCUCUGCCGCGCCAGCGUGGUCGCCCCUGCUCCGGCCGCCGCCGAGCCCAAGAACGACCCGAAAGACGACGGCGCAGAGUGCCCGGUGUGAGGCGGAUCUCUGCGCGCGCCGGCGAGCCUGCGAGCUACUAAAGCCAAGCCAGAGGAGCACGUAAACGGCGGAGGGCGACACGCGUCUUUCGGCGUCGCUGUGUCGCUAUCCCUUAGCUGACUCCUGCGGGUCGGCGAGGUACGGUUGGCUUCCUCGGUCGUCUUCUGUUUUGUUGUGUUCUUGUUACUAUACAUAUCUCUCUCGCUCUCUUCAGUUUUGGCGAUCGGUGAGAUGCAUAUUUGGAUCGGAGUCUUCUUCUAUAUGUUGAUGAUGAUGUGCGUAUGAUUGGAAUUGUAAGAUUAGCAACAUAUAUAUUGCUAGAUUAGGCUCGCGUGUGAGUGUGUGCGUGACAGAAUUAGUAGUGUAAGAUCAUAUAGUACAUAUGUAAAUUAUUAAUGGAAAGCUUUGAUCGACA